UGCCAGACGCGUUGUUUGUGUUCUCGUGGCGGAAGCAGAACAACACAACACGCCCAUCAUCACCACCACGCACACAUCACUCACCACGUCACAACAUCGAACUCCAUCCAGCACCACCGCGUCCGCGCCACGCCCACGCCGCCACAGCACAUACACGCUGCAUGCUGCUGCAUCGCCAUCGAUUAUAGCCACACGCUUCCAUCGUUGCGUUUGCUGCCGUUGGUACCGCAGCUGUUUUUUUUUUUUUUCAAGCAGGGGGCAAACAACAGCACACUCGCAAGUGAGCCCAUCCUCUGCCAUACAUAUUUAGCCACAAACAACCAUGGGAGGAAAGAGCUCAAAAGCAAAGAAGAAGUCGUCUGUCUCGGAGCAAGAUGCCGAGACCAUCUCGAAGAUCUCCUUCGAAGAUGCCAACCAGCCCAAGACAGCGAACGGCAAACCGGCCAAGAAAGAGAACGGCACACCCAGCCCAGCAGAACCUGCGGAAGCUGAAUCCAGCAGUCCAAGCAGUCCCCAGGACGACAAAGGAAAGAAGGUCCCCAAGUCCAUUGCGUCGCGGUUGACAGUGCCCGCUGCCGCCGUCGACGAUGACACGACAGCAGACAGCAGCAAUAAGCCGAAGGCGACGAAGUUGUUUGAGGCGCCGAAAGGGCCCGAGCACAGCAAGAUCUACAAAGCCCUCAACCCGCAGAAGCUGUACUAUGAGAGCAGACGCGAGAAGGCAGAGGCCGAAGAGGAUAAGGAAGUGAUUGUGCUUGGCCAGAGGGAUUUUGGCUUCCUCAAAGAUGCAGAAGGCAACAUCAUCAAAGAUGAUGAUGACGAAGACGAGGAAGAGGAGGAGGAAGAGGACUACGAUCCGGACAACUUGCCUGACUUUGGGGAGUUCCAGGAGGAGAUGGACAAGAUGCGCGCCGAGCGAGCGAAGAAGCAGGAGGAGCGCCGGCGGAAACUGCGCGAGGAGUACGAGGCGAAGAAGGCCGCGGAGGAACAGGCCAGGCAGCAGGAGCUCGCGCGGAUCCAAGAGAAAGAGGCCAAGCUCAAGGCGUCGAUGGAGGUCAACGAAGACGAUUUCGUCGACAAGGCCCGCGACCGCCUGGAGCGCGAGACGUCCCAGCACCUUCGCCGCUUCAGCUUCAAGGACUGAACGCGCGCACUUGCGCACAUGUACACACGUGUGUGCGUGAAGGCGCGCCACGAUGCAGUGGUGUUCACUUCGAUGGCACUGCGCUGCUGCGCCUGUGGUUGUGUUGCUAGUUCAUUUUCCCUCUCGCUUCCGUAUGCAAUGUCCCUUGCUGCUGCUGCCUCGACUAUUGUUUAGAUGUAUCAUCACAGACCAUUCCACCGCGAGUGCGCUUUGCGCUGCUCCUCCUGUCUCCGUGUUGUUGCCGUGGCUCCGUGUUCCUUGGUGGUGCGAUGAUUGUCGAUUGUAUCGUUCUCUCUUGUGAUGAUGAUGAUUGGGAGUUUUUGGUUUUUUUUUUGUGUGUGUGUGUGUAUGUGUGCUGAGUGAUGGCACGCAGCACCUGCUGUCUCUCCUGUUUUGUUCUGCUCUCUUCACUUUGUGUUCCGCUUGACUCUUUUUUCGAUUCCCCCUCCCCUUUUGACGGUUCUCUCACCUGGCCAGUGUGUGUGAGUAUGUGUGUGUGUGUGUGUGCGCGCGUGGUUUGUGUGUUGUGAAGCAUGCAUGAAUGCCUACAUCCAUGUGCAAGCGUGUGGAUGCAGCAAGUUUGGUCCGUGUUGUGUAUUUCCUUGACAUAAGAAGUCAAAGUGAACUCG